AUGGAAAGCCGGCAGAAUGCGAUUGUUGUUCCGGAAGUCAUAUUCGCCAUUCUUUCUGGAUCCAUCGUAUUCUGGAGAGUAAUCAACAAUGUGGUCUUGAAGAGGUUGUUUAGGCUCGCAGACCUGCUCAUAUUUCUGGCUUUGGUGAGCAACCUGGUAGCCUUGUCAUGUAGUUCGCUGUCGACACAAUAUGGCUUGGGAAGACACAUCUAUGAUCCAUCUAUCACACCUGAAAUGCUCGAGACAUGUUUGCGAUGGAUUUGGAUUGGAGAAGCGACAAAUCUGAUUGCGAUGCUCUUUGCCAAACUCAGCAUUGCUUCUUUCCUCUUAUACUUGGACUUCGCACCUGGAUACAAGAUAGCCAUGUGGAUCACAGUUGGUAUUGUUCUUGUCUGCAAUGGGGCUGUCGCUUUGACGUCGAUCUUUGGAUCUUGUGAUCCGAUAUCCCUGAACUGGGACAUGAAGCAGCCAGGCCAGUGUUGGGACCCUGUCAUAAAUAAGAUCUGUACUUACGUUCAGAGUGGCUCCAACAUCGUGACUGAUAUAUUGUAUACAUCGGUGCCGAUCUUCUACCUCUCGACUGUCAAAUUGGGUGCAAACGUUCAGUGGGGACUGCGUAUUGUUCUGCUGUUUGGCUUGAUUGCGACGGUCUGCUCGAUCGUGAAGAUUGCAGUUGCUGGAAAAAUGUUCAACACGCAUGACGCUACAUGGGACGCCGUCGACUUGUCUAUAUGGAGCACAGCAGAGGUCAACGUGUGCAUAAUUGCGGCCUGCCUACCUCCCCUCAGAAGCCAAUUCGACUCUUUCUUGAGACGCUUCUUCGGUCUGGCAUUCUCACGAUCCACAAACCGCAGUCGUCCGACUUACGGCUCGCAUUCGAUUGCACUCCAAACACAAAGCAAGUCUCAUCGAACAAUCAUCGAGGUCGAAGCCCAAGACUUUGGAAGCGAACGUUCCAUCCUUCCACCUGAUGAUGUAGAAGACGGAAUUAUAAGAAAGACCCGACAGGUGCAGGUCAAAUACGAAGAGCACGGACGAGAUGGAACAUAUUCGCCGGAACUAUACGCUGGUCCAGGUCGACAGUAA